AUGUAUACGCAUCCUCCCCUCGCUUCUUUCUCUGCCCCCAUCUCAUCGCCUCUCUACUUCUCCAGAACUACACUCCAAAAAGUAUCUAUCCUAUUCUCAGCGGCGUCCUGUCAUCGUUCACGAAGACACAUCAUGACCAAGGCUCAGGGACGUUCUGGAUCGCCAUCUCUUUCGAACCCCGUCUUGCUUGAGAAGAUCGACAAGCUCUUCGCCUGCAAUGUCGGCGAGUACAUUGACCUACCCCAGCUAGUUGUUGUUGGUGACCAGUCCAGUGGCAAGAGCUCUGUGCUGGAGGGCCUGACAAAACUACCCUUCCCUAGAGACAGUGGACUCUGCACGAGGUUUGCUACUCAGAUUAUCUUCCGCAGGGCUGUUGAUAGUGAUGUCAGACGAAUCGUGGCAUCAGUCAUUCCCGCCCCUGAUGCAAACGAUGACCGUGCUUCGAAGCUGCGCGCCUGGAAGGGGGAGGAUCUACAGGAUCUGGUCGCUGCCUCUUUUUCGAGGAUGAUGGUUGAGAUCCACGAGCUCAUGGGCUUAUCCAAUCCAAAGGAUACGAGUACAACUGUGAAGCCUACCUUUUCGAAAGAUGUGUUCCGUUUGGAGAUUUCCGGUCCGAAUGAAGAUCACCUCAGCGUGAUUGAUGUCCCCGGGAUCUUCAAAAACACAACUUCUGGUCUAACCUCCAAGGCGGAUAUCCAGAUGGUCCGAGAGAUGAUUCUUGGCUACAUGAAGAAUCCUCGUUCCAUCAUGCUCACCGUGGUUCCCGCGAAUGUGGAUAUUGCUACCCAGGAAAUCAUUGAGAUGGCGCGUGAUCUUGAUCCCGAAGGGGAGAGGACAUUGGGAGUCUUGACCAAGCCGGAUUUGAUCGACAAAGGUGCAGAACAAAAGACUAUCCAGAUUGUUCAGAGUAAUGGUCUUUCCAUGAAGCUUGGCUGGAUUCUCGUCCGCAACCUGGGCCAGCAAGAGUUACUAGACGGAGCGGACAGAGAUUUGGAAGAAGAGGCCUUCCGUCACAAACAUCCUUGGAACAGUCUGGAUCCAAGCAAGUUUGGAAUAAAAGCGCUCAAGAUUCGCCUGCAGGAGAUUGUUACUGAGAAUGUUCGACGAGCCUUCCCACUGGUGCGUGCAGAGGUUACCAAGCGUUUACGAGCGAGUCGGAAGGCCAUUGAAGCCCUCGGACCCGAACGAGUGACAGCUGAACAACAAGCCAGCUAUCUACUUGACGUUAUCUCUUCAUUUCAAGAAGCUACAAUGCAGGCCCUUGGCAGUAACUACGGCGCCAAUAACAUAUUCGAUGACAAUCAGGAUCUCAGGCUUGCGACAGUGGUGGUUAAUAGAGAUAUUGCUUUCGCAGAAGACCUGGAGCGGUGGGGACACGAAUAUAGCUUCGACGCUAACGAUCCUGUGAAGCCUGUUUAUAGUUCUGAAGACGAGUCCGACGAGGAGUAUGAAGAGUGGACGUCGACUAGAAAGAAGGAAGGAAUCUCCGAAUUGGAGGAUAUCCUUCAUGACCCCAGCGGCAUUUCCCAGCGCCUGAGGACGGAUACUCUCGAAUGGAUCAAAAAUUCCUAUCUCAACUCCAGGGGAUUUGAGAUUGGGACCUUUAACGUCUCCUUGCUGGCCACCAUUAUGAAAAAGCAGUCUCAGAAGUGGGAACCUUUUGCCCUUGGUUACAUUUCAGAUGUCAUUGUCAUGGUGCAUGAUUUCAUAACCAAGGUCUUGAAACUAAGCUGCCAUGAUGACCGGGUAUGUAGGAACCUGCUAUCGUUCCUGAUGGAUAAUUUGGUGGAGAAGUACAAGAAGGCAUCCGAGCAGGUCGAAUUUCUUCUGCACAUUGAACGCACCGGCAUGUUAAAGACUCUCAAUCAUUACUUCAAUGAUAAUCUGGAGAAGUGCCGCCAGGAUCGAUUGCGCUCGGCGAUUGCAAAGAAGACCAUAAACACUGAGAGCGGCGCCGAAGCGAUCUACACCAAGGACAUUGUCUACCAACACCCGAUGAGCAAUGACGAAUACACGGCCCAAGACAUCCACGAUAUUCUGAAAUCCUACUACAAGGUUGCACGGAAGCGAUUCGUGGACAAUGUCUGCAUGCAGGCGGCAGACUAUUACCUGGUGCGAGGACCGGCUACUCCAAUGAAGCUAUUCUCGCCGUCAAUGGUGAAUAAGCUUACCGAGGAGCAACUCGAGGAGAUUGCGGGGGAAGAAUUCACAGUUCAUCGUCGGCGCUUACAGCUUAAGAAAGAGAUCCAGGAUUUGGAGGCCGGCAGAAAAAUUCUUUUGUGAGAUUGAGAUACGAAGAUGAUGUGUGGAUCCUCGGCACUUUUGGCUGGAAUCUGUCCGAUUACUCGGUAGAACUGGAGAAAAUUGGAACCGUUUUAUUUUAUUUUGUCUUUUCUUCCCCCGCAAAUUCGCAGCGCGGAAUCAAAUCCGGGGUUGCUUCGGAUCGUCAGGAUGUCUCACCCUUGGCCGGUAAUAGCCAUGGACCGUUCAUACCUGCAACAUGCUCCUACUGCCCGGCCUUCCCCUAUUGCGAUAGAAACCUCUUGUUCCGCGUUGGGUGGCCGUGUUCCCAAGAGAGGCCCCCGGAAAUACGCCGCUCGCGGAAGAGGAAAAAUAGAGCAAAUCCUUGCCAUGGCUGUUACACGCAUUGUUGCCAACUAGGACAGAAAUGAAUGGUGAUAGUAAUAAUAGUAACA